GAUCCUCCGGGCUCGGGUUCGCCUGCAAGGCCUCGAAGGAGACUCCGCCUACGCCUUCCGAGUAUGGCCCGAGAACAAAGUCGGCCGCAGCCUUGUCCCUUCGCCUGCGCUGGACUGCCGAACCAGCCCGAAGCCGCAGCCCCCGACGAAGCUUUCUCUCGACCUCCUCGGGCCGAACCACGCAAGGCUCCGCUGGCGCGUGCCGGACCCCUCUGGCGCGCCGGUCUCGGGAGCUUCCUGCGAGGUGGCGGCUCAGUCCAUGUUUGGUGCCUGGCAGCCCGUCGCAGGACCACGGCCGCAGCGAGCUGGCCGCAAUCUUUGGACGCAGGUCGUACUCUCGCUGGAGCCAGCGAAGGAGUACAUGUUUCGCGUGAAGGCGCAGAAUGCAUCUGGAAGCUCUGAGUGGUCCGAAGCACUGGUUUGGAGCAUGCCCACUCCGGCAACCAUCUCCCA